GGGGCGUGGCCGCCGCGGCCCUUCAAAGUGUGGGAAGAUGGCGGCGGCGGCGGCGGGUGCCGGCGGCCGGGCCGCGGUGCGGGGGCGGCGGCGGCGGGGCCGGCCCGCGGCCGACCAGGAGCAGGACGCGGUGGUGCUGUCGGUGGCCGAGUGCCCGCUGUGCCGGCAGGCGCUGGUGGAGGCGGUGACGCCGCCCUGCCGCCACUCGCUCUGCCUCGCCUGCUUCCAGCGCUGCCUGCAGGGCCCGGGCCUCUGCUGCCCGCUGUGCCGCAGCCGCCUCUCCACACGGGCCCGGCGGCAGCAGGCCGAGCCCGCAGCCACCACGGCGGCCGGAGCAGCGGGCGGGGAGCAGCGGCCGCCGGAGCAAGACUUUAUAUUCAGAGCACCAAUUAAAUUAAGCAAAACAGGAGAACUCCGAGAAGAAUAUGAAAGCCAGCUAAGGAAGCUGAGAGAAGAGAAACUACAAGAAGAAAAGACAUCUGAGGAUCUGAUUCACAAGUUCAUCCUAGAUGACAUGGACAUAGGGAAAAGAAAAAUGGAGGAACAGCAGAAAAAAGAUGAGUCUGUAGUGCUGAAAGGGAACCAAGACUGUUUUCCUGAACGUCUCUCGGAUUCUGAGAAUGAAGAACCAUUCCAGGGCAAGCAAACACAUCGCUCAGCUUUUGUUUCCAAGACCAGUGCUUACUCCUUUGCUUUCCUUUCGGGGAAUUUAACCUCCAAGGUGGAGAGGAGCCGGAGCUGCAACGACACCAUUCAGGAGAGGUCCAAGAGCAGGCAGAGAUCAGCCCCAGCCACCAAAGCAAAGGUGCUGCCCGUGGCGGGCGCCUCCACGCCGCUGCUCGGGGUGCUGUCGUGCGCGCAGAACCACCGCUGCCUGUCGGCCCCGGAGCUGACGGCCGAGAAGCGCCUGCUGCUCAGCGCCGUGUCCUCCUCGCUGUCGGCCCUGCACCGCCCGGAGCGCUCCAUCAGCCCCGAGAGCAACGACAGCAUCUCCGAGGAGCUCAACCAUUUCAAGCCCAUCGUCUGCUCCCCGUGCACCCCCCCAAAGAGGCUCCCCGACGGCAGAGUGCUGAGCCCCCUCAUCAUCAAAUCCACCCCCAGAAACCUGAACCGCAGCCUGCAGAAGCCAACCACCUAUGAGGCCAGUCCUAGAAUACUGAAAAAAUGGGAGCAGAUAUUCCAGGAGCGUCAGAUCAAAAAGACUCUCUCUAAAGCAACCCUUACGUCCUUGGCUUCAGAGCCUGGGGAAGACAUCGUGGUUCCUGACGUCACCAACUCCAGCAGUUGCACUAAAGAGCAGCCACAAGCGCAGGAGGAUCACCUUCCACCCGACACAAAAGGAGAGCCUCGCCCUGAGCUGGAUUUCUUCCCUUCUGUCAGUGAAGUGAAGCUGGGAAGGGGGAGUGAGAAGAACAGGGGUUCACAGGCCUUAGCCACUGAUGACGGUGCUGCUGAACCAGAUGUGAGAUCAAACGUAACCUCCCUAAAUACACGAGUGGCUGAAGUCCCUGACCUAAAAGUGAACGCAUUCAUGGACAAAUCCUGUCUCAGCCUGGGCCCCAAAGUGCUGAGCAGGAGGCUCAUGGGCAUCAGCGCAUCGCUGCCUGACAGCAACACGCUCGGAGUCCCCAUCAAGCCAUCGGGGAAAAAGCAGCUGAAGUACCUGAACAACAGCGAGCUGAUCAACGUGCAGAACAGCACCUGCAGCUCCGUGGAGAACAUCAUCGGGGAGCAGCCGCCGCUGCUGCGGCGGGGCCGCAAGAGACGCUGCAAAACAAAGCACCUGGAGCACAACGGCUCCGUCAAAAGACUGAGGCACGUGGCAGGGGAGGUGGGCCUGCCCCCGGAGGUCCGGGACGUGGAGCAGAAGCUCCAGCAAGAGGAGGAGGACAGGAGGCUGGCCCUGCACCUGCAGCGGAUUUUCGACAGCGAGAACAGGACAGUGGAUAGGCGGAAAGUCCGUGUGGAUCGGUACCUGCUGCGGUCCAAGAGCACUCUGGGUGCCAAGUAGCACUGCUGGACGAUGUUGCCUUUCUAGGGGACAGUGAGGUUUAUCAGAUUGUCUUAUAGGAAAACUAUUUUUUUGCCCUACUUCACCCACACAAUUGUUUUUCAUUUCGAUGGUGAGACAUUGCUAGGUCCAGUUCAGAGAGAAGCCAGCGUCCUUUCAGAUUAAAAAAAAAAAAAAGAGAGAGAAUGAGAAAAAAAGUCCUCCGGUCCUCUCUGGUCCGUUGGUCUGAAGGAAUUGUCUGUCAUCCCUGUGAAUACACUGCAAGGCCUCCACAGGCACACCUGGGAUCCCCAGCUAGGAAGGUUGUGAAUGUGGGGUAUGAGGACCAUCCCUUGCCAAGAGAAAUCUGACCUCUGCUCAUAGAAGUUGUCUGAGAGUCUUCUCCUCUCUGCCUGCCCCAUUUUCUCCCUCAGGCUGCACCUGGUCGUGGGGUCAGCCUCUUAUCCAUGCUCUGGAUAUUCCUCCUGGGGGGUCCUAACAGAGCCCCCAUUAGUACUUCCAAAUGAAUGUAUCUCACUGUCUGCAGCAGCAGCACAGAUCAUUUGUCACUUUCUUGAAGCAGAAAGCCAAAUGCAGUGAAAAGAAAGACCUAAAAUAAGGAUUUUACUGAAAAACCUGCCCCUGCUCCAACUUCCUGGCUUCAGGCUUGAACCACUAAGAAAGCUCAGGUGAGUGAUGCACUGAAAACUUCCAGGCAUGAAGCUGCCUGGAGCAGAGCUGGCUCAGAGCCUGGGCUUGGUGGAGCAUGUGUUCUCUGCCCAGAUGUGGCAGGCCACCCUCUGAGUGUUUCUAAUCUUCUUCCAUGGAUUAAUUUCAUGGAUUAUUUCCAGUGACAUAGCUCCAAAAGUACCCUUCCAACUCAGUCCGUGGCAGCUGCCUUGCAGAGUGUUCACGGGGACCCUCGAGGCCCAUGGGGACCUUUGUCUGGGGCAGGGGUUGUGGCUUUACCUGUCCUGCCCCACCGUGUGCCAGGUGGCAGGGGUGUUCUUGGGAUGAGCACAGUGCAGGGGCAAACUUCCCUAUGGAUCCUGUGAAGGGAGGGCAGCCAGUGCACAUAAAUAGACAGAUCUUAUCUAAGACAACUGCAUUGCCCAAUUUCCUCCAUCUGAAAAUGGUUGAAUUUCCUCCCUCCAUCUUAAACAGUCAAAAAGAAAACAGGAACUGGUUUUCUUUUUCACUGCAAGGACCCUGGCAGGCUUUUUUUUCCCCUAACUGAACUGGAUUUCAAAAAAGAAAAACAGAAAAAAAAAAGGAAAAAGAAAUCUUAUAUUUUAUUGGAUAAAAUUUCUAUAUUUUAAAUACUAUAUUUCAACAGAUCAACACUUUUGUUUUGAGAGAUCUUAUAGCAAUGAUUCCAUAAUAUAUAUCUCUAUCUCUGAAUCUCCUUGCCACACAAACCACUGGAUGGUUCAGGUUGUGCCUGGGGCUGGUGAACCUGGCCUGCUCUGCCUUCCCGGCGCUCCGGGCCCUCUCCUGCGCCGCAGCCUCGGCAGGUGCUGCUCAAAGCAGGCGCUUUGGACCCAAACCAAAACCUGCUCCUCUGUCCAGCAGUCAAUUAGAAGGAAAUAAAAGAAUUAGAGCCUUGACUGGACCCAGAAGAGCAGCACAAAGAGAAGUAGUGAUGGCCUGGAUGUGCCCUCGGAGCUCCGGAGGGAAAGCCGCAGCUUUAUCUUGGGAUGCGUGCUGGUUUUCCCAACGUUUUGAGCUACAAUAUGCACUUCCCAGGUGCAUUUAGAUUUAGAAUUCUUUUUGCAGGCCUCCUUUUCUGCGGCUCAUCCCUGGAGCCCCAAACAAACUUCCCUAAAUGGUUUCCUUUUUUUCUCGUGCUGUUUGUGGGGGUUCAGCUGGGCCUGGGCUGCUUACACCACAAAAAAAUCGAUUUACACGCUGAAUGUAUCUUUUCUUUCCCCUCUUAAAACAGAUUUCACAGCCCAAUGCACUAUGCCAGUGUCUUAAAUACCUUCUUUUGAAAAGAUUUUGUAAAUGUUUAGGGGUUUGUGCGUUAAUUUCCUGAUCCCAAAUCCAAGCUGGGCAGAAGUGUAGGAGGCAGUGCCUGGGCUGGAGCUUGUCCCCAGCCAAAAAAAAGCUUCAUGGGAAUCCUCGUGCUCCCAGCUUCCCCCAAAACAGAGAUCCCAACUCCCCAGGCAUCACGCACAGGCCAUGGCAUCUGUGUUCAAGGAUGCCUUUGGAUGUGCAAUCACAGUCCUGUCGUGGAAGGGUUGCGGCGACGCAAAGUCAGGAUGAAUGUUUUAUUAAUUUAACACUCUCCAAGUUUGUGUAAGCUUGCAAAAAACAACAAAAAUUGUAAAUAAUCACACUCAAAAGAGCAGGAGCACCCAGCCUCUCCCCUGUAAAGGUCAGGAAUGACACCAUCUUUGCCAGAAAUCAUGGCAGCUGGGAAGGAAAAUACCUCCUGCUGAACGGUGGAUGCAUCACGAGAUUAAACCAAGUAUUUAUUCACGCUUCUCUGAAAGUCCUUUGUGACCCUCAGCUGCCUUCCCUCCGGGAUGAAGGCAUUCCUUGCUGGCUGUGGGACAGCACGGGCGUGGGAGUGUUCUCCCACAAUGUCUCAUCCGGAGGGGCUGGGGUUGCUGCCCUGACGGAGGACUGUGUCUGCCAAAGAUGCCACCGACUCCCGGAAAGUUGCUUUCCGACCCUCUGGAGCUCUCUGCCCGGGAAGAGCCAUACAGGAAGGUCCGUGUUCGGAGGCAGCCAGAUGAGAUAAAUGAAGGAAAAGUGCCAAAAGGGAUCAUGCCAGGUGAUUGUAUGACGUUGUUCUAUAUUGUCAGUAUUUCUCUUCCAAUGCUAUUGUACAUGCAGUGCACAGCAGUCAUGAAGUGUAGCUUGAACAAGCGCUUCUUUGUAUUUUCUCAGUGAAAGCAAAGGGGGAGAUGCAAGCCUUAAAGACUCUUAGAAAACAAGCCUUUAGCAAUGCUGCGAGGGCAGGACAGCCCUGUCCUGUCUCAGUUGUCCAGCAGAAGGUUGGCAAAGAGCUCAUCCCACAGCCGAGGGGAAGCGUUUCGGGAGAACCUGGGUGGGGAUGUGAGACAAAACCCACCCGCUGCCCGUGGUGGGACUUCAGCAGCGUGGAGCUGGGCUGAUCCCCGCGUGCCACGCACUCCUGUGCCCUGCUGGAGCCUGGAAACACCGCCACGCAUCCCAGCCAGCUCCUCACUAUGCAAAGGGAGAGCCGGGGCCGGGCUCCCUGGCUUUGAUGGGGAGCUUUCCGCCUGGAUGCCGCCACACUUCCUCCCCGAAACGCUUUGACUCGUCGUGCUUCGGUGUUCCCCGCUGGCCAGCAGAGCUCCGGCUGGCUGCGGGCUCUGACAGUCCCCCUGCUCCCCGCUAAGCCCCCUUGGCUUCACCCCACAAACGCGUCACACGGCGACGGCAGGCACCAGGGACCGCUGACUUGCAUGUGUGGAGUGUGUGAGUGGAAUGACAUCUGUCAUGUUGUGGCUUCUGUUGUUUGAAACAGAGUAAACCCUGCUUGUGAAACAAUUGUCACAAACCAGAAACACGCCAACAAAUGUGUACAAAUAACAGUGUUUGUUUUAACAGCAGCUGGGACUUGAACUGCAGGGCAAAGGCCGAGGUUCAAACAGAAUAAAACCAGAUUCUGACAGUGAAA